UAUAAAUUACCUGGUUAGUAUCAAACCGUUCACGUUGAUCGUAGGGAACAGUCUCCCGAUAAAGCUCUCAUCUAGAACUUGCUGUGCAGGUGUUUGUUUCUCCUCAUCUGACUUCCUAAUAUUUCAGUCGCAGAGGCAGAAAUCUGCGUUAUUCUGAUGCCAGAAACGAAGUAGCAAGGAAGAAAAAUAUUACAUUCCCGAUACACCUGGCCCAGUAUUAUAAAUGCCAGGGAGAACUGUUCUGUAUCGAGGUGCCGUCCGCGCAAGAUGAGACAACCCAUACCGGGAUUCCUGCCGGCUUAUCGAACGUGACAUUGCGGGCUUUGCCACGUGACCCAGCCUGGCCUGGUAUCACGGUGCUACGGCUCUACCUGCAGGCAACAACGCCUUUGCUUGCUAGUCCUUGAUGGAAAGAACAAGUGUUUGAUAGCCUUCGUACAUUCCGUAGUACGCUCAAAGGAAGGAGGACUCACCUUUACCUGCGUUUUUCCAGGUGUGUAUACAGCUAGAACAAUGCUCUCAGCCUGAAGCUGUUCAGGUGUCAAAGUUCGUGUUUACCGAAGUGACAUUAAACAAGCAGGAAAAAAAUAUCAUUCUAAAAAAAGGAAGAAAAAAAGAUUUCAAAAAAGAAGGAAAAACGAGAAACUCGCAAAAGUCUACAUCUUUAUCAAAGUGUUUUAGCAAAAAAGAAUUCUUCUGUUCCGUGUUUCAGGACUCGUAGUCCUGAAUGUUGCGACAGCAAAUUGUUGCUUUUGUUGUCUGCACAACUAUGGUAGUCAGCUACUGUGAAUGCUAAGCCCGUGCAAACUUGUUCAGGUUUCAUUUAGCGAAGGCCAGAACAGUCAGCGAUAAGUUAGCCAGGAGUCUAAGGUAACGUUUGGAGCGCCACCUGGUGUGUGCCGGUUCAGCGCGGAGCAACACAAGAGAGUAAGACGAACCACGCGCAUACCACGGGUUCCGGUUACCGACGACUACGGUUGGUUGCGCACAUUCAGUCAUCGAUCACACAGUCUAGUUUUUCUGGAAGAAUUUGUUUCCCAAUCGCUACAAAACCAAAAAACAAAUUCAUCAAAGGAAUUAUAUCAGUUGGUCUGUGGUCGAUUCACGGGGUAUGAACCAAAACUGUCACUUGCCGAAGCUAACAGGUGAGAAAUAAGAAAAGUGGAGGAGGAGAAGAGUGUUUGACGUCACGAACGUGUAAGUUGUAACAGUCCUAGCAACAGCUCCAGGGCCCCCCAGUAAGAACUUGGCAUCGCUGACCAACAGCCAUGCGUGACACUUCCUUGCCGGUGAGGUAAAGAAGGUAGAGUGGCGCGGUAUCAAACUACGGACCAGCAGCACGUGCGAGCGUGGUCAGCCAAUCAACUCGCAGGGACAGGAGGAGCGCGAGAGAAGCUCGCCACCCAAGCACGCGCCCAUUCAAGUCUUCCGAUCAGAUGAGCGGCAGAUCUAGACAAGUGGUGCACGUCCCUUGCCAAACCAGCUUUCCUCAGCCAUGAGCGAGAGCGAGUACAAAGGAUUAUCUCCCCUUAUCAUCGAAGACGAGAACAGCCGCUGCCAGCACUGAAAAGCCAGCUCUGGAGAUAGAUAUCCUAUUUCUGGAGGAGAAGACUAUGUGGAAGGAGCAUUUUUGUCCCCCUUUUCACGUUUUAAUGACAUGAUGUACUGUUUCUGAAACAGAGUGUCUGCUGUUUCUUGCUGCUUCUCGUCACGAUUGUUUGGAAGUGAAAAACAGAGGAAACCGCCAUUGCAAGACGAUUUUGUUGCCCUUGGUUGGAUGGCGAUGGGGAAGAGCCAACGCCACGACAAGCAUUUCGCCAACCAGGAAUAUCCGUCUUCCUCGCGGAUGCCAGCUGCUGUGGCUCUUUGAAAGCUGCAACCUUAGGCGCUCGAGAGAGGAGGUGGAAGAAGGAAGACAUGCGCGGGGUCGAAGGUCAAAGCUUGCGAUCUCUGGCCAUCAUGUGUGUCUUCUUACAGACGCUUGUCUUGCGAUAGUGCCUUGCCAUCGUAGUUGCGUCAUCAGACGGAGAGGAAACCAGUGUCAGAUUCGGCAGGAAUGCUGUAAACAUGAUUGACUUUUUUCUACCCACUGCCAACACGCGAGUGAAACACUGAGGUUAUAAACAAUUUGAAAAAACUGAGGCUGUGUUUUCAUUUUUUCACUCUCUCUCUCUCUCUUCUUCCUCCUGCGUGGAGAUAUGUACAGAUUCCACACAGGGCAGGCGCUGUCUUCAGUAGUGUGAAACGAAAAACCUACACGAUAGCCGGCGAAACGUUGGCUCCCCCCCUCUACCCCGUUCUCGGAUGUUCACGGAAUUUCAAGAGGAAGGGGCAGAUAAUCAGUGACCCUCGCCUGGAUUUAGACCGAUAGCGCUUGGAGAGGAAAGGGAGGAGGACUUUUUUUACGCAUCAAGGUCCCCCCGACAUGGGGCGGCACGCGUAACUCAGUAGGGGGCGCGCGAAAUUUUUUUUUUGAAGCUGCACGGGAAAGUCGCCAUUUUUUUACUUCAAAGUUCGAGUGCAAUGAAGUGUCGUCUGCCUUCGACCCCUGCACUUGUUGUUCUGCUCCUGGCCUGGAUCAUGGCUCGCCUCUCCUCCUCGCGGCCUGCCGAGGAGACGGUCCUGGUCACCGGCGACAUCUGUUGCAACUCCACUACCACCGCCACCAUCAUCGACCUCGUCACCACCACCAUCGCCACCAGCCUGGAAGGUCAGAGGCAGGAAGUGGAACUGGGUGACCCGGUGGACGUGCACCCCAACCUCAACGCCUCUGUCCACGGACAGUCCGUGGACCUUCUGGACGACUCGGUCAACAGACAUCCGCUUCUACUGGACCACCAGACGUCUGCUCCGCUGUCUACCACUGCCGCUUCUCUGUCACAAGCGGCAAGUGACCACCCUCCGCCUCUUGCAGCCAGGACUCCAGCUACCCCAGAGGCUUUCCCAGCCCCCAUGUCCGACGAUUACGUUGAUUACUACUACUACCAAGAGAUGGAUUACGGGUACGCAGAUACGGGUGCAUCGCCGGAUAACCACACGACAAGGAGACAUCCAUCAUCAGAGACCAACAAAAUCGCCAAACUCAAGUUGAUAAGACGGCCACGCCGCCAUCCACCAGAGUACAUGCUCGAUCUCUACGACCGAUUCUCGAGGGCCCACGCCGCGCCUGCAGGCCUGAAGACAACGUCUGCCGCGCCGGAAGACGAUAUCGCCGAGGACGAUCUCAGUGCCGACAUUGUGCGCAGCUUCCCCAACAUCAACAAGGAAGAUACCGACAGCGACGCUUCUGAUGGCUGGGACCAUGAGGGGCAGGAGCAGUUGCCUGGCGUGGAGACGGUACCACACUCUGGUCUUCAACGUCACCAGCCUGCUGUUGUCAGGGGAACGCGUCUCUCGCGCCGAACUCCGCCUCUACACAUUGGUGGCACGCGACCGCCACACCUACCAGGGGCGCGACCGCCUCGUCACCGUGUACGAAGGUCUGGGCAUGCGCGCCUAUGCCUCCCGUGACGUCACGGCACGUGUACGGACACGCCAGCGGCUGGGAGGCUUUCGACGUCACAGAAGUCAUCAAAGCACCGGGUAGAAAGUGGGAUCGAGGUCCAAGACGCCCGACCCAGGCCCGCCUGCGCCGGAAGUGCCAGAGAGGACGGUAGAGAACGAAGUGGAGGAGGAAGGUCCCGACGACGGGGUGCAGGUGCUUGAGGUCAGCAUCGCCACGGUCUUCCAGCCCGGGCACAGAACGCCGGCGACAGACAUGGAUAUCGACGUGGACCCGGAGCACGAUCAAGGACCGCUACUGGUGGUCUUCUCCCGUGACACGCAUCGCCACCGCCAGAGGGAGCUGCAAGCGCUGAUAGGCCAUGAACCGGAGUCGGAAGACUUGGAAGCCACAAGCGUCGAGCAUGCGCCCGGGACCGGAGCGGCGAACGAGUUUUCUGCCGUCAGGAAAUACCGAGAUACCCGUGCAAUGGUUGCAAGAAGCAACUUGACUGAUGGGCCUGACGUGGAAGAGAAUGAUGUCCCCUUGCAAAGAUUUCGCCGAAGAAGAGAAAAGCGCAACAGCUGCAGAAGGACGCCGCUGUACGUAGACUUCCAGGAGAUCAACUGGCACCAGUGGAUUAUUGCCCCACCUGGUUAUCAGGCGUUCGAGUGUGUAGGCAAAUGUUACGUCCCUAUUGGCUCUCACCUAUCGCCUACGAAGCACGCAAUCAUACAGACCCUGAUGCACGCUGCGCAUCCUAAGCGCGCAUCACGUGCUUGCUGCGUGCCCACGAAGCUCGACCCUAUCUCCAUCCUCUACCUGGACGAGAACGGCGUCAUCACCUAUAAAUAUCACUAUGACGGCAUGGUUGUGGCGGAAUGUGGCUGCCGGUGACGGGUCAAGCGCUACCAGUGACGUCAUUUCAUUCCUAUGGCAGCAGGAAACAUUCUCACCAAGAAGGCUGUCAGUGAUUGACCAGAGUAUGAUUGUUGCUCAUCGAUAAAAGCUUUAGCUGUUUUGUUUUUUUUGUUUUUUUUUUCAAACUCCGAUUCUGAUUGUCAAAACAAUGCUUCUGCCAAAUAAACAACCUUUUCCUGUAAGGAUACCAAAGAGCGUCUGGCAUUUGACCAAGCAGUAUUUGGCAGCCGUAAUCAAAUGUCAAGAGGAGGGUAUCACACCGCAAUGUGCUCUAUUAAGCGCCUCAUAAAACUUUUGCUCAGGUGCAUGAGUCGAGAACGGUUGAACGGUAUCCACCAAUUGUCUUACCUGUUCACUCGGGAGCAUUCUGCUGUUCCUUUUCAGAACUCGAACCUAGCAAACCUGCGGUGGAAAUCCUCAAAGAAUUUUUAGAGAAAUUUCUCGUUUGACGAGUUUGGACAAAGCUCUAUGAUUCAGAAGAUAUUUAAAGACAUUAAAGACAUGCAUCUGUAACGGCGAAACAAAGAAACUCUACUAGCUACGUUCUUUUAGUGUAGAGCUUAAAACUCAGAAGUAACAUGCCUUGGAAUUUUUCCCAGGAUGAACAUUUAUGACCAGCUUUCAUUCAUACGUGUUGUGCUUGUUGUGACCACGCCUUUAAAGUAUUCUACACUCUCUUUACACGAAAAGCUUAUAGUUCGAUUUACAGGAAAAAA